AUGGAAGACUAUAACUACGACCCAACUAACCAUCUUCAUGAAAUAUUCAACUCUCCUGAUUCAUUAGAUGAAUUACCUCAAUUAUUAUCCCAUGUUAACCAAUACAAACUAGAAUUGUCCAAACAAAUCAAACAUGAUAUCAACACGUACAACUCACAACCUACUCGUAUAGCUCUGCUCAAUUCAAAUAUUUCAUCAUUAAUAAAAUCAAUUGAAGAAGUUAAAUCCAACGCAAAUGAAACACAAACAUCAAUUACUCUCAUGACAAGCUCGAUUCAGCAAUUGGACUGCUACAAGAAGAAUCUAGUAUUGUCCAUGACAAUACUUAAGCGAUUACAAAUGUUGAUAAAUGUUAAUAAUCAAUUAUCAGAGAUAAUCCACACGCAUAACUACAAAGAGAUUCAUUCGCUAUUAGGUGUUGUAAAGCAAUUGUUAACAUUUUUCAAACCGUUCAAGUCGAUUGAUGAAAUUAAUCAAAUCAACUUGUUAAUUAUUCACAGUCAAAACAAGUUGAUUGAUGAUAUUUUCAUUGAUUUUGAAGAGUAUGUCAAAUCUCAUAAUAUUGAUUUGGCCGACCAGUUGAUCUACGGAUGUGAAAUCUUACAAUUAAUUGAUGUACAAUACAAGGAAAAGUUAACAAAUUGGUUCUACAAUUUAAAACUAAAAGACUUUAAAACUAUUUUUAACAAUUUUGAUGAAGCAGGUUCUUUGGAUAAUUUAAACCGAAGAUUUAUUUAUUUCAACAAGAUAUUAACAGAUAUACAACAAAACUACAAGGAUAUAUUCCCGGAAAAUUGGAAAAUAGACCAUGAAAUUUCCAUUAUGUUUUGUAAGUUAACCAAACAAGAUUUAACAAACUUACUACCAAAACAUAAAUCAGAUUCCAAAAUUAUAUUAGAAAAUUUAACAAAGACGCUUGAGUUUGAAAAAUCCUUAAAUGCAAGCUUCCAAACUAAUGAAUUUAACCAAUUAAUUUCUCUGGUGUUUGAGCCUUAUCUUUUUGUAUGGGUUCAGGAACAAGAUAAGCUCUUGAAUACUAAAAUAUUGGAAUUUUCAUCUAGUUCUCAAUUACCAAUAGAAUUCCAAGAAUCGAAAGAUAUUCUCACCAUACUUAAAGUUAAUAAUGUUCCAAAUUUAUCAAAUUCAUGUACUGAGUUGUUUAAGAAUUUCCACAAGAUUCUUACUCAGAUCUUAAAACUUUCCAAUGGUGAAAUAUUAAUUGAAUUGGCCAAGUUAUUCAGUAAAUAUUUGUUUGAAUAUCACAAUAGGAUCCUUCUACCAUUGAUACCUAUGGAUGAAGACUUAACUACAAAUGAAUCACUCAAAUAUUUGACAAUGAUUUUGAAUACAGGUGAUUAUUUGGUUAAUAAUAUUGAUGAUUUAUCAAAUAAGUUUCAAACACUUGUUCAAUCUCAAUACAAGUCAAGAAUACCAUCAUUUGACUCAAGUCAAGAAAUCUACUCCCAAUUAAUCAAUAAAUGUAUUAGCAAAUUGAUUGUCAAACUAACAAAUGAUUAUAGAAUUUGUUGGCGAGAAUUUUUCAAUAUGAAUUGGCAACUGUUGGAUCAAGUAAAUGACGUAAGUUCAUAUAUGUCAGAAUUAAAAUCCAUUACCUUGAAGAAUAUUCAAAUAAUAUUACCAUUAAUUAUAAGAGAAAGUUUUAUUCGAAAUUUUAAUGAUAAAUUAAUUGAACAUUUGGUUCAUUCGAUUGCCAAUAAUUUAAAAUCUAUUAAACCGUUGACAGUAUUAUCCGUUGAGCAGAUUUUAUUGGAUGUGUACAGUUUGAAAGAUUUAGCUUUGAAGUUACCAUUAUAUGCUGAUCCAAAUUAUAGUGAAGCAUCGGAUAAAACUUGUUCUAAAUCAUAUGAAAAGUUUGUUGUAUCCAAUUUUCACAAUUUAGAAUCGUUGCUUAAAUUAUUAAUUGUUCCCUCAUUGCCAAUUGAAACUUUAAUUGAAAGUUAUUUUGAAUUAAUUGGUGAUAAAUCAAUCACAAAUUUCAUAAAGGUACUCAACUUAAAGGAAAUCAAUAACCAAUUUGAAUAUAUUGAAAACUUUAAGUUGCAAUUAACAAUAGGAACAGGUGAUUUACAGACAAGUAAUAAACUAUUACAAGUACUUGAAGAGGAGGAACCAAUAGUUUCAGGUCAUAGUUCAAGAGGCGUAACUCCAAUUCCAGAAGUGAUGUCACCUAUGUUACUACCCGCUAAGAAGAAUUUAAACCAAUUUGAACGUAACCUAAGAGAAUUUGCAAUGACUGGUGAAAAUCAUGUAAAUAAAUUGAAUGAAAACUUUAAGAAUUUUGGAAAGUUUUUUAGAAAGGAAAGUGAUUAG